AUGCAACACCGAGGGCCCAGCAGCGUCAACCAGCUGGGGGGUCUCUUCGUGAACGGCCGUCCCCUCCCCGCCUGCAAGAGGAAGAGGAUCAUCGAGCUGGCGGCAUGCGGCGUCCGGACCUCGGACAUCUCCCGCAGCCUCAAGGUGUCCAACGGUUGCGUCAGCAAGAUCCUGGGACGCUACUACCGGACGGGGGCCGUGGAGCCCAAGGCCAUCGGGGGCAGCAAGCCCCGCAUGGCCACCCCCGAGGUGGUGGCCAGGAUCGCCCAGCUGAAGCUGGAGCAGCCCUCCCUCUUCGCCUGGGAGAUCCGCCGGCAGCUGCACGCCGAGGGCAUCUGCGCCAGCAACAGAACCCCCAGCGUCUCCUCCAUCAACCGGGUGCUGAGGAACCUGCCCAGCGACCUGCGGCUGGCGGCUGAGCGGGCCGGUGCCGACAUCUCCCCAGGGAUCCAGCACCCUCUAUGGGGCUCCGCAUCCGGCCGGCGGCUCCCACUGAGCACCCCGCACAGGAACAGGACGGUCUUCUCCAGCCAGCAGUCGGAGGCCCUGGAGAAAGAGUUUCAGAGGGGACAGUACCCGGACACCGUCACCCGGGAGAGACUGGCCGCGGCCACCCAGCUGCCCGACGCAACUAUCAGGGUCUGGUUCUCAAACCGACGAGCGAAAUGGAGACGCGAGGCCAAGCAGAAGCUGGAGGCUGCCGGUGCAGGCUCCUGGUGCGACUGGAUGCUGCCCCACAGGGCGGCCGUGGCUGCUUUCUGCCCCCCCUCCGCGACAGCCGCCGGCUCCACUCAGGUAGGAGAUGGCGGGGGGUGA